CAAAACUGAAUAUAAAAACAUAAAUACAAUGUAGAUUUAGAAAUGGAGGAUCAGGAGCAAGACAAGGAUUCAAAUAUUGUUGAUAAACAAGGAAAUACAAGAUUAUUUUCGGAGAGUUCACCAGAUUUAAGUGCCAAUAAUAUUGAUGAAAACUUUAACAUCGAAGAAAAUAGUAUAUCUUCAUGUAGUUCAGUCGAACCACGAAGUGAAUGCAGCUACACCGACAAUGAACAAAUACUCAAAAACAAUAAGGUUGAUAAAUCGCAACAACAUAAAAAUCUCGACAAUUCACUGGGACGUGAAUCAGCUUUGAGCGAUUAUGUUGCGAACCACACAGUACCAUUACCUGACUUUUCUGCGCCGCCAACAGAAUCUGAAGAGGAUGACUUUGUUUCGGUGACCUCUAGUAAGAUUGGUGAUGCCACCUGGGAAGAUAACUGGCUUUUUAGAAAGAAACGCUCAUCAUUGAGUAAUUCUACUUCAACAACUGGAUGUGGUAUGUUAGUACCUGCACCCACAGAAGAUAUACGUGCUCAAAUUGGUGAUAAAACAGCUGAUGAAAUCAGUGAUCUUUCAGAAUUUGGUUCAGACACUGAUGACUCAUCAAUAGAUUUACUGCAUACUAAAUCAGUAAAUAAUCGUGUAUUGAAUAAACAUGUUAUCGGUGGUGAAAAUACAAAAAUGGCACUUGAUGAACUAAUAGAAUGUGCUAGCAUAGUUUCAGGCACACUAAUAGAAGAAACCGAGCCCACAUAUACUGAAACAAAAAAUGAACAGAUUACACAAAUUCUAUCGACGAAAAUGGAGACUUUCAAUGAGCACGUGAAUAAUGUAUCAAGCACAAAAGGUGAACAACUAAAAUUAGCAGACCAAAUUGAGUGUGAACCCAUAUCAGUUCUAUAAGCUAGUUUAUCAUACAUGGAAUACCAAUCGAGCUUCCAGUAGAAUCACAAAAUGUCAUUUCCAAUCGAAGGAAUCAAGUAUCU